CGUCGAGUGGCGCCAAUGUGGAAAUGUUGAGAUACACGAAGGUUUUACCUUUGAUUGUUGGGAGGAAGUCCGAGGUUAUUAAAUUCUUUUCUACUGCUACUUCAACCAGUACUACUCAGACCACCAAGACUACUUAUGGACCACUAUCUGAUGAAGACCGAAUAUUCACCAAUUUAUACGGUCGACAUGAUUGGCGUCUUAAAGGUGCCAUGCAACGUGGUCACUGGUAUAAAACAAAAGAGAUUAUCCUAAAAGGUAGUGAUUGGAUCAUUGAAGAAAUUAAAAAAUCUGGACUACGUGGUCGUGGUGGUGCUGGUUUUCCUUCGGGCAUGAAAUGGAGUUUUAUGAACAAACCAAGUGAUGGCAGACCUAAAUAUUUGGUAAUUAACGCUGAUGAAGGUGAACCUGGUACAUGCAAAGAUAGAGAAAUUAUGCGUCACGAUCCACAUACACUUAUUGAAGGCUGUCUUAUAGCUGGAAAAGCGAUGGGUGCCAAUGCAGCGUACAUUUAUAUUCGUGGUGAAUUUUAUAAUGAAGCGUCAAAUAUGCAAUUAGCUAUCAAAGAGGCUUAUGAAGCUGGUCUCCUGGGGAAAAAUGCAUGUGGCACUGGGUUUAAUUUCGAUGUUUAUAUUCAUCGUGGGGCUGGAGCAUAUAUAUGUGGUGAAGAAACCGCUCUAAUUGAAUCUCUUGAAGGAAAACAGGGAAAACCCCGUUUAAAACCACCUUUUCCAGCGGAUAUUGGAUUAUUCGGUUGUCCAACAACUGUGACAAAUGUUGAAACUGUAGCUGUUUCACCUACAAUUUGUCGUCGUGGUGGUGAUUGGUUUGCAAGCUUUGGCCGUGAAAGAAAUCGUGGUACUAAAUUAUUCAAUAUUUCAGGGCAUGUGAAUAAUCCAUGCACCGUUGAAGAAGAAAUGUCCAUACCGAUGCGUGAUUUAAUUGAACGACAUGCUGGCGGUGUAAUCGGUGGUUGGGAUAAUCUAUUAGCUGUUAUUCCAGGUGGUAGUUCUACUCCAUUAUUACCUAAAGAUAUUUGUAGUACUGUCCUAAUGGAUUUCGAUGCACUUGUACAAGUUAAUUCUGGUUUAGGUACAGCAGCAUUAAUUGUAAUGAGUCGAUCAGCUGAUGUUGUGAAUUGUAUUUCACGUCUUAUUAAAUUUUAUGAACAUGAAAGUUGUGGUCAAUGUACUCCAUGUCGUGAAGGAUGUCGUUGGUUAGGUCAAAUUAUGACUAGAUUUGUUAAAGGCAACGCUAAUAAGGAUGAAAUCGACAUGAUAUGGGAAAUUUCUAAACAAAUGGAAGGGCGUACAAUUUGUGCUUUAGCCGAUGGAGCUGCAUGGCCUGUCCAAGGUCUUAUUCGACAUUUUCGUCCUGAACUGGAAGCUCGAUUUGCUAAAUAUGGUAUAGAAUUAAAUGAACCACCUAAAGCUGAAUCCAGUAUUCCAUGUUGAUAAUAAUAGUAAUAAUGAUCUAUACUAUUUCUUUCUUUCAUGAUUACUGUUUAUAUAUAAAUGGAUAUUAUUAAAUUAAAACCUUUAUCUUAGUUUCUUCGUCCCUUUCACAACAAUAAUGACCAUUUACCUCAGCACAUUUUUAUAUAUGUGUGUGUGUAUUUCUCAACUCUUUUCAAAAUUAUCUUCUCUUUGUCUUGUUCAACUAACUCUCUUUCUAUACAUAAAUAUAUUACAAGUAGCAGAGAAUGAAGAAUA